AUGCUGCCGUCCGUGGGGUUCACUGUACCACGUUGGAGAGUGAAUGGCCUCUGGGAGUUUACCGACAGCCUGGGGUCAGGUAGCUUUGGCGAGGUCUUCGCUGCCAGGCAGCUCCUGACGGGCGGUGAGGUGGCCGUGAAGAUGGAGCGCGCAGCGAGUAAAUACAGAACAGCUGUUCUUCCCUAUGAAGCUGCGGUUUACAGGCAGCUGCAAGGAUGCUUCGGCAUCCCGCGCCUACGGUGGUCGGGCGAGGAGAAAGGCGCCAACUUCAUCGUGAUCGAUAUGUUAGGACCGAAUCUGGAGCACUUGAAGCGCUUCUGCCGCGGAACGUUCACGCUGAAGACAGUACUCAUGCUCGCCGACCAGAUGAUCACACGAGUGGAGACCGUCCAUUCCGGAGGGCUGGUGUGUCGGGACCUGAUGCCCGACAACUUUGCGAUAGGCCGUGGCAAGUGGGGGAAUCUUGUCCAUUUAUUCGACUUCGGCCUGGCAAAGCUUUACCUUGACCCGCACACCGGAGAACAUAUACCGCUCAAGGACGGAAAAGAGGGCAUGGGCGCCCCGCGGUUCGUCAGUGUGAAUGUACACCUCGGAUACGAGCAAAGUCGACGAGAUGAUCUGCAAGCGCUUGGACUCAUCUUCAUCUACCUGUUGAAGGGGAGUCUACCGUGGCAAGGCAUCUACGCUCCUAUCAUAGAGGCUAAACUCAAGCGCAUCGGGGAAAUGAAAGCGCUGGAUAACAGGGCGAUGAAGGAAGCGCUUACCGACUGCCCUCCGGAAUUCACAACAUACAUGGAAUACUGUUACGGCCUGGAAUUCACACAGCAGCCCGACUACGACUAUGUCAAACGCCUCUUCAGAGACGUCAUGUCGCGCCAUGGAUGGGAGUACGACUCGAUCUGGGACUGGUCGGAGGGAGUCGAGACGGAAACCGGUAAUCUCCUCCCUGAGAAAUACAAGAUAUAA